CAGUGAUCUGCAGAGAGGCUCUACUCAGUGAAGAAGCUCGAGGACGAUUCGUUCAGCUUAUCAACAGGAAUCCAGUGUCCAGAAAGAAGCUUUUCUUUCAAAAAUGACUUUCUACUUUAAAUGGGCGUACCUGUCGACCACCGAUCAAAAGUAUUUGUCCCUUCAAAGUAAAACUUCAAAAAAUCAUCAGCUGGUUGCAACGAAUACACAGGAUCCUACACCCCCAGUCAAGGUGUAUCAUAUCAAGCAUGAAGUAGGCGAAUGCCUGGCUUUUGGCUUCGAGGUGAAAAGAAAGCAAGUUUUCCCUGUUGUUACUCCCGAUGAAGAAGUCACUUUCAAGGUUUUAGAACAAGGCGAGCCGAUCACGAAAGGAACCUUUGAUGAAACGUUCUUAUUUAAGCAGGGUGAGAAAAAGAUUUUUGGAGAUUACCUGAGUCUGGAAUCAGUGGCUAUACCCAAAAGGUACCUGUGUGUUAAAAAAAGAGAGUUCAACAUGAUCAUCACAGAAGAACAGACACCGGAAUUUAAAAUCUGUUACUCAGAUGAGAAAAAAGCAGUUGAAGAGGGGCAGUUUCUCUGUGGACCAGCCAAAAUCCAAGAGAAUGAGACAAUUCCCUUCAGAAAGAUCUCCUCGCGAAGACGCAAAUUAAAACGAAGAUGUUCAUGCUACGAGGGAUUGGUGGCACUCCGUAAACCACUGCGCUAUUACAACAGGAAAACCCAGCGGAUGAAGAUGUGAAGAGCAGAAGUUUUCACUAACGAAAGGGUCAUUCUGAGAAAGCUGGAGAACAAGUGGAGCGAUUCCUCCGUGGGUCUUUGACGCGUGGCAUUUUCUCCAUUUAUUUGCAUGUGCUUCACUUUAAUUUGUAUGUCUUUCACUUUUCAGUUAUGUGAGUUAUUGUGUAAGGCUGAAAGCAGGUUCAGAUUCAGGUUUGGAUGCAUGGGAUUGAACCAGAAACUGGAUCAGGAAUCAGUGAUGUAGGGAAUAUCUCCAUUUCUAAUGUUUGUGAAAGAAGUCUCUUCUGCUCACCAGGACUGCAUUGAUUUGUGGAAACACUACCAUUUAAAGGCUUGGGCUGAGUAAGGGGAAAAAAAUGACGUUAUACUGUAAUAUCACAAUUUUUCCUGCAUUUUUUAUUAAACAAAUGCCGCCCUGGUGAGCAUACAAGACUUCUUAAAAAAAUAAAGAAAAAGAAAAAUACAAUUGACCAGUAAUAUAUGCACUUUUCUAUGUCAGUAUCAGUAGUGAGAGUACUUUGCUCACAGUGUGAAAUUUUCUACAAGCAGAAGUGCACGUGACUGGAUCUUAUCUGACCGAAAAAACAAAAUGUGUGAAUGUUGGACACUUGAUGCACUCGACAGCUGAAGCUUUUAGUGAACAGACAGAGGUCAGACUCUCAUGCUGCUGCAUGACUAAAUAACCUCUCUCACACUGGUCUGGAAUGUAGGCAGCACAAAGUAAAAGGGCAUUUUUUCAAUGGUAUGUCAUGUGGGACACAGAGAAGAGUCAGUAAAGUUGAGACAAGCGUGCCCUCUGCUGCUGAAGCUCAUCUGAACUCAGAUCAGUCUGAAGUGAGCAAGACUUUAUCAGCACAGUUUGAAGAGCGUAUGCUGAAUCCAAUAUGUAUUGCAUUUCUUCAAAUAUAUGAAUGUAUUUGUUAACCAUAUUAUAUAAAAGCUGUGAAGAUUAAAUAAUCAAAGCAUCUUGCUUUAUGUAUUUUUAUAUAUGCAUGAACUUUUUAUUAUUAAUAUAUUGUAUCUUCUUUCUGACAAAAUCUAAGCACGACUAAUUUCUGUAUUAUUCAUUGAUUUAAUAAUAUAUGCAAAAAUCUAAAAUGUAAAAAUGUUCUGGAUAGAAUGCGAUUUAUAUGUAGUUGAUAUUUCACUCCAUUAAUGACUACCAAAUAAACAUGUAUUUUAUAGU